CUACUAAUAAAACAUUACUAAAACGUAAGCAAACUUUUGGUAAUACAUUCUCCCCUUCCUCAAUGUUUUCCUAGUUUUCAUUAUAAGUAUUUGAUGUUCAGGGAUUUCAUUUUUAGGAAAGCACUAGUAUUAAGCAACAGGUAUUUUCACUGUAAGCUGGAAAUUACAGUAAGGAGAAUGUUACACAAAACACUUCCUGGUAUUGGUUCAUUAGAAUAAAAUGGCCCGCCUUGGAAGAAAGGUUAUACAGUAUCUGUAACAGGCAGAACCAGAUUCUCUAGGAGUAAAGUAACUAAUUUGCUUUUCUACUACAGGGCAAUAUAACCAACUAAGACUCUCUCAAUCCAUGGUUUUUCAAGGCACACUUCCUAAGUAAUUAAGUUCUAGAGAGAUUAAGCAAGCAGAAACUUUUAAAACGGGAAUCACAUUCCAGAUCUAUUAAAUAUGCACACAUGGAUAAUCCAAGUGUCAUAUCCUUAAGUACAAAACAAUACUGAAAAACAGGAUUUUUAAAAGGAAGAAGGUAUACACUGCUGCCUUGGGUUUAAUACUUCUGAACCUUAAUAUAUUCAACAGAAGAUGAAAGACCGCCUUCAAGAGCUUAAACUGAGAGCAAAGGAACAACAAUUAUUUGAAGAGAACAAUCAUGUUGUUAAUGCUAUUAGAGAGGAACAAGGAGAAUUUGAACAAGCAGCUGUUAUUUUUGAAAAGGAACCCAUAACUGAAAGGUACUUGCAUGAAAUACAACAACUUCAUAAUGACAUUAAUCGUUUGGCACUGGAUGUUCAAAAGUUUAGUCGGCAGCAGAAAAGUUUGAUGGCUUCCAUGAGAAGAUUCAGUGUGCUUAAAAAAGAGUGCAGCAAUACAAAAGCAAUUAAAGCACAAGCAGAGCACAUUAAUAAGGGCUUGGAUGAUCUUUCAAAAAUAGUGAAGAGGGAAGAAAAAGAACAUAGCUCAUCACCUGCCCUUAGAAGAGUCCUCGGUUCUCAGCGUGCAGUUCUAUUCCAUCGUUUCCAAAAUAUAAUGAUUAUGUACAAUAAUGCCAUAACAACCAAACAAGAAAAAUGUAAGGAUUUCAUUAUGCGUCAGUUGGAAGUGGCAGGAAAAGAAGUAUCAGAGGAAGAACUAAAUAAUAUGGUUGAACAAGGGAAAUGGGAAAUCUUCAAUGAAAAUCUGCUCACAGAGGUCAAGAUUACUAAAACCCAGUUAUCUGAAAUUGAACAAAGACACCGAGAACUGGUCAGUCUGGAAAAUCAAGUGAAAGACUUAAAAAGCCUUUUUUUCCAAAUCUCACUUUUGGUAGACGAACAAGGUGAAAUGAUCAACAGCAUUGAAAUGGAAAUAAUUAAUACUCAGGAUUAUGUCCAAAUGUCAAGAGAAAAGUUCAGGCUGGCAGCUAAGUAUCGAAAAAAGAAUCCAUGCAAAGCACUGUGCUGUUGGUGCUGCUCCUGUUGCAAAUGAUUUGUCCUCUGGGCAAUUAAAGCUGAAGAGCUGAUCCAUAAAAUACUGAAUAGGACUAAAUGGAAAGUGGAUUUGCUAUACUACUAAGAAUAUGUAUAUUUUUUCACAUGAUAUUUGUUUUCCUUAGUUACAUGUUUCUAAUGCAGAAUUUGUUGAAGAAUUUCAGAAGAAUUCACUACACCUUGAAAAUAAAAAAGGGAUCAAAUGCAAGGAUCUUGCCAAUGUUCACAAUGUACCAUUAUACCUUGGUAGCUGAGUAAUUCCGUGUUACAACUGUGAAGAGGGGAAUAGUCUUGUCCUUUCUACAUGUUUUAAAAACAUGAAUGUGACACAAAGGAGGAAUAUUAUCAAUUCAUUAUGAUGUUACAGGUACCAGUGAAGCAUCUGUUUGAGAAAAAGGCACAACGAUACUGUCAUAUUUAAUUUUAACCAAGUUCCUUGGAAUUAAAUGCAUCUUCCUAGCAAUUUUGUUGAAGUAGUUUGGAUAAAGAAAAACUGCAACCCUACUGUAACUUAAGUUACGGUGUACAGGAAGUCUUCAUCUUACAUCCAUUUGUUCAGCAAUUGUUCAAAUUUAUGUCCUCCAACCUCCAGCCAUCUCAGUACCCCUGAGGUCAUGUGUUUACAAUCCAAGCAGGCACUUGGAUGUCCGGCUCAUGACUAUAUGUCAUGUGGUCACAUUUUUGACCUUCCUUGCUAGUUUCCCGCAAGCAAUAUCAAUGGGAAAGCUGGCAGAGAAGAUUGCAAGUCACUCCAGUAAGAUCCUCCACCUGCAUCUAUGCGGCACACUCUAAGAUCUUCCUGCAGUCAUAAAGGGCUAUGUCCUGUGACAUAGUGAUGGCAAUUUCAGUUGCAAUCAUAACCCAAGACCUGCAGGUCAUUAAUGCAGGAGCGCAAUGAGAGGCUGGGGGAAGUUGGAGGUGUCUUGAGAGAUCCAGCAUAAGCUCAGCAUGAAUUGAGGGAGGCACAAUGGGGCUUCAGUGCAAGCUACAUUUGAGUUGGGGGAGGUUGGGCAGCGCUUAGGAAGCCCAGUGUAGGCUACAAAUGAGCUGGAGGAUGAGGGGAUAAUGGCAAAGGCUGCAUAUGUGCAGGGUGGCUUACACAAGUGACUUGCUAACUUUCCUGCUGCAUUCCUCAUCGUUUUGCUUGUCAGAACCUGCCGUGAAAUAUCAUAAAUGGCAAUCACACGACUAUAGAUCCCUGUGACAUCAUAAUUGUGAGCCUGGUUCCUUAGCACACAAUGGUGACCAUGAGACUGUAAUUGUGCUGUAACGGCUAUGGUAAAAAGCACUGUAGACUUCCCUGGCUAUGUAUGCCAUACACUUUUAAAAAAACUGGUAACGCAUGCAAAGGUUUAAAAAAUAUAAAUAAUAAGAUUAAUCUCUCUAUCUUUAUGUAUGCAAUAGAUUUCAGCAAACUCAGGAUUCUUUUACUUUUAAAAAUCCUUUCGAUUACUGAAAGUCUCCAAAUAUUUAAAAUAUAUUUUAUUAUGGUAAUAUUGAAAAAGACCUCUUUUAAGAAAUAAUCAUUUCCUUGUAUUAAUGAUAUUAUACUCCUUAAAUACCAGCUAUUCAUUGUAAAAAUUAAGCACAACUGUUGAGCACAAACCAAAGCCUUGUAUGAAUGGUCAUGUCAUAAUUUUUUUUUAUUCAGUUUGGAAAAUAUACUUUGUCUCUAAGUUAGUCACAAUAGAAUAAUCUGGGCAAGCAUACAAAUAUCCCCAAAACAAACCAAUAAAUGUGUUAAUAGUAUGUACUAAAAAGGAAGAGGAGAAGAGGAAAUUAGGCAUAAUUACAAGUAGUCUUAAGAAAUGACAGGCCACUUAACAACAGUUCAUAGUGCCCCCUUGGUCAUGCACUUUACGACAGACCACAGGGAUCCUGCAGUCCCUCCACCUCUCUUGUCCCCCCCCAUCCUGCCCCAAUGGGACCUACACAUUUGGACCUGCUUCCCAAGCCUCCUGGAAGCAGUCACCAUUUUUAGGGCCUCAACAAUUUCUUGGCGGCCGCUUUCAGAGCUUUGUGCUCCAAUCAGCUGGCCAGCGGAAGGCUGCAAAGCCCUCCUGUCUCUUGCUUGGCUUUGGAAGCUGGCCUUUGCCUGAAAGGCAGCUUCAGGAUAAGAUUCCCAAAAACCUUUCCCUUGCUUCACCCCCUCCCCCCUCCCCCCAGAAAGCUACAUUUCUUCAAUAUAAAAACAGAAAAAGCUGAAAGGAAUGAACUUGCUGAUCUUCCCUCCUCACUAAAUGCUCUCUCUACUCUCCAAUCUCUACACUUUUUAAAAAUCUAACCUUGACUCCAGCUAAAGAAUAGAGGAAAAAAGUAACCAAGAAAAGAAAAUCUUUCUGCAGCUUUCUCUAUUGAACUGGGGGGAAAAAGUCAUCUCUAAAAGUUGUGCAACGAAAUGGAGGAUGCUGGGUCCUUGCAAGCUUUAGCUGUCAUUCUGAGCUGUAGAGCUUAGGUAGGAGUUAAAUGCUAGAUUAUAGACUGUCCUCUAUAGAUAGUCAUGUGGACAGCUAAAGCUGGUAAAGACCCAUUAUCCUCCAGUUUGUUGCACAAUUUAUAGAGAUGAUUUUUUUUUUAAAGUUUAUGGCUGGUCAUAACUUUAGGCAGUUCAUUUAACAUUGCUAAACUCAGUUACAGCCAUAACUCAAGACUAUCUGUAUUCAAGAAGUUCUCUUUUGCAAGGAAGUUAAUUUUCAUGCUAUCAGUCACCUUUGCUGUUGGUUGUCAAUCGUAUUUCACAAAUGCAUAUUCAGUUUGUACAAAAUAUUGUUUUUCCUAAAGGCAAUUAUAUAUAUGUAUGUGUGAAACAGUAAAAUAAACUACAUCAAUCCACAUGUUAAGAGAAAAGGAAGAAAUUGUUUUGUGUUGUGAUUACAAGGAAUGUAGAAAAAUACUGAAACAUAGAACUAAAAUCAAAACUAAAACUGAAGCCUAAAUAUUGGUUAAAUUAAAUCUGGAAAACCAUUAGAUAUUUAAAUAGCAAAAGUGAACAUGCUUUCCAUUUUUCUCUGUAACUAACACUGAUAAUUAUUUCAUAGAUUUGAAAAUUAUACCAAGACACUUUUAUAAAUCUUUUCUUUGGUUUAAAAAGGUUUCUUUUAAAAUUAAUCCACCUUAAAUUCACUACAUGCAAGGCAAAGGAGGCUUAACUACUCAAGCAUCCCUUCCUUCUAAAAAAACCCAAAAGGAAAUUUAAUCAUGUUUAUACACUGAUUAAGCACAAUACAGUUACAAGUUUAGAUAAAAUUUUGAAAUAGCUACAGAUAUGGAACUUUGCUCCAAAAACAAAAAUAGAAUUCUUCAAUGGAUUACUGCGAUGAAACAAAAAUAUCAAUUUUGGGGAAGUAUAUAAUCCAGUUUUAACCUUACGUAAAUCAGGUUUGUAACUAGGUUGAAAACAGAACAGAAGAAAACUAGGAAAUGUUAUUAAUAGCACUGAAGACAAUUACUAUUGUAAAUGAGAUCCAUUUUUAUUGUUCUGCAAGAUAAUUAAAAAUGUUAAUAAUAGCCAAAUAUACAACUAUUACAAACAUUACGUUCCUAAUUACAGAGUUUAUUUGUGUUUCAUAUGGUUUACUAAGGAAAACACUUUUUAAAAAAUGUGACAAAGCUCCAGUCUAUUUUCAACUCAGUUUAAGUUUUCAUUUUGACCUCAGAAUAAACAAACAAAUAAAAAAAUUGAUUAGGGCAUAUGUUUUUACCAUAUAGGAACAGAAAUCAAGCAAGGAUAAUUUCCACUUAUCCUGGAAAUUAUCCUGAGUCAGGUUUGCUCAGUUUAUAAACCAUUAACUAUAAAAUCUGGAAUAAACAUUGGAGUAGCUAAAUUAAUAUUUCUUCCCCAACAUAUCACUUAGAGUAGCUGUUAUCUUCACUUGUUUAAAUGCCAAUUCUUGUUUUGCUUACAAUAAUUUACAAUA